AUGCCUAGCAAGAUUCAUCCGAAAGGGCCACAGCAGUUGGAAAAUGUUGUGAUUGAAGAUCGGUUCUGUAAUAAGUCUGUCACAACAUUGACUGUAUGGAAGACGUCAUUGGUGUUCAACUGCAAUGGUUUCAAUGUGUUUGAUUCAACCGGGAACCUUGCCUUCAGAGUUGACAAUUAUGAUUCUGGAUAUAAGAACGAGGUUGUUCUCAUGGAUGCUACAGGAAAUUCUCUGCUCACAAUGAGAAGAAAGAGACUUAGCAUGUACAGUGAAUGGCAUGCUUUCUUAAAAGACAAAUCAGAUGGUCAAAAGCCAUUGUUUAUAGUCAGGAGGAGUUUUCUGCUUCCUACCAAGACUUUGGCACAGAUAUACGUGGGUUCAGUAUCAGAGAAGAAGCAUCCAGAUUACCAGAUUGAAGGGUCUUUUGCCAAUAGAUCCUGCACUGUUUACAACAGCUCCCGUAACAUUGUUGCUGAGAUGAAAAGAAAGCAAGUAAGCUCAGAAAUAACACUGGGAGGAGAUGUGUUCAGUAUGAUUGUACAGCCUGGCUAUGAUCAAACUUUUGUAAUGGGUUUGGUCGUCAUUCUUGAUCAGAUCGGCUCGAAUGAACGCCAUAUGAAUACUAACCUUCACUCCCGUACACUUAGUCUUGAUUUGCCAAGGCAUUUGCCAUGGAGAAGUCUUUCCUUGGGAACAUGAUUGGUUGUAGAGGAUUUAUAAAAGGGCCUAUCCUCCUGCUCUGUCUUUUUUUAUUCCAGGCAAUUUGGGAAAGAUUACGAGCCCUGAUUAUUGUAGAGGAUAUGUAUUAUCAUUGUAGAUUUUAGUACCCAUUGUGCAAAAAACAAUGCACGGAUAAACAUAUAGAUUUAAUCUGCCAAACGUAUAAGUACUUUGUAGGAACUCCCAUCUGUAUGAUACCAUUCACAUGGAGAAAACAACGAAACCAUGUCAGUACACAAGCCAAUCUAUCAGACAAAUUGCGAUCACUGGAAAUACUCCAUCAAUAAGGAUUUUUUUUUUUUUAUAAUCCAAAGGGGUGGUGUCUCAUGAGCUUGGAUAGGGAGAUUAUUUGUGAAAUCUUUAACCUUGAUCCAAAUAUUCAUUUGACUUUGGAGAGUUAAGAAGAGAGUAUGAAUGGAUGAGACGAAGUUUCGCUAUUGCUGAA